UUUCUCAAAACAUGCGUUUUGCACAUGAAUUAUGUUUAUACGUCAGAAUAAUAGUCUGCACCACUCCCAAGUGCAAAGAGGUCGUGGACGCCGGACAGUGAAUGUGAUAAUCAUUAGGACAAGCAAAGAUUCGAACUUCAGACUCAGACUGACAAUGAGAUGAUGAAAUUGAAAAAUAGCUGAAAUGGAUACGUCAUCGAUAUUACUUACAACAGAUGAAGAAUCAUCAAGGCUCAAUGCCAGAGGCAUUUUUAAAUACGAAAAAACUUAUUACUGUUUUAUUUGCAAACUCUCAGUGAAAGGUAUGAAAAAAUGCCUGAAGCAUAUAUCGAAAACUUCCCAUUGUCAAGCCAUUGAGAAAGUCAUCACCAGUUGUGUGGAAAUUCAUGGAAAUGUUGGCUGCAAGUUGUGUACCAAUUACGUGGCGAGUAGUUGGAGACACUUUCUUGUUCAUUUCAAUGAAACUGGCCAUUCUAAUCUUAUUCAAAUUGGCGAGCCACAACAAACUUGGACCUCAAAUCUUAUACUGGUAAAUAAUCAGAUAAUUGAAGAGAAACCGGGAACUUUUUUCUGUUGUUGUUGCAAAGAGACAAUAGUUGAAGGAAGCUCUGUCCCUAUGCAUAUUGAAGAAGAAAAACACGAAGAGUUUCAAAAAAAUCGUAUGGAAAUGGAUUCACCUGUAAAUCUCACGGAAGGUGAAUGUAGAAAACUGGUUAGGAAUUUUAUCUUCAAACUACGUGGAUUAGAUUUUUAUUGCAUUUUAUGUGACUGUUCACUACUAGGGAAAAAAAUUAGUAAACAGCAUAUUCUUUCUAAAGAUCAUGUACAAAACAUACUUAAAAAACAUAAUAUUAUUUACCAACCCCCUCACAAAGAAACUGGAAGUGUAAAAAAUGCCCAUAAAGAAUCUCCUCUUCAUGCUAUAUGCGAUGAUACAAUACCUUACAACAUGCUAUCUACAACAGAUCAAAUAUCACAUAAUCUCAAUGAAAGAGGCAUUUUUAGAAAUGGCCUAAGUUUUAACUGUAUUAUCUGCAGCCUUUCAGUGAAAAAUGCUAGGAGUUGCCUGAAGCAUGUAUAUACGAAAACCCAUUGUGAAAGAAUUGAAAAAGUUAUCACGAGUUGUGUAGAAAUUCACGGAAAAGUUGUCUGCAAGUUGUGUACCAAUUACAUGGCUAGCAGUUGGAAACAGUUUCUUGUUCAUUUCCAUGAAAGUAACCAUUUUACAAAGUUUACUGAUAAUGAUGAGCUACAAAAUACUCCGGUUUCAAAUCUUGCUCUGGUAAAUAAUCAGAUAAUUGAACAAAAACCAGGAAAGUUUUUCUGUUAUUGUUGCAAAGAGACAAUAAAUGGUGGGAGCUCCGUCCAUAUGCAUAUUGAAGAGAAAAAACACAAAGAGUUUCAAGAAAAUCGCAUGGAUAUGUAUCCGCCUGUAAAAUUCAUGGAAGGUGAAUGUCGAAAAUGGAUAAAGAAUUUUACUAUUAAUCUGUUCAGAUUAGAUUUUUAUUGCAUUUUAUGUGAUAGUUUGAUAAAAGGGAGAAAACCUACGAACAUGCACAUCCGUUCGGAAUAUCAUGUACAAUACAUGCUUACAAAAGAUGAUGUUGUUCACCAAUUUCUUUGCAAAGAGACUGCUGGUAGAAAAAAUGCCCACCAAAAAUCUUUUCUUCGGGCAACAUGUGAUGAUACAAUAACAGUACCUUCAGGGACUGGUCAAUUCAAACGCGAGCUGUUUGAAUGCGACCUUGCUGGCCUCCAAGUUGUAUCUGAACAUUUAUUGGGGCAACGAGACAAAACUUUGAUUUCUACCAACGAAAAUUUGAAGUCAACUCCUAAAGGUGAUGUAUCAGUAGAUCAUUUAUCAAGUCCAAUAGUAGCCAAGGAACCCAAGCAAAAGAUAAAAAAAAAGCCUUCAAGAAAAGUGCUCAAUCCACGAUAUUUCGAUAGUGAUAUGCAGUACAUUUAUGACAUGAAUCAAGAAAAACUGAGAAUUAUAAAAUUGAGCUGCGAAUUGUGCUUUCCAAAAGCAUUAAAUGAAAUAUACUGUUUGAUUUGUCAGAGCACUGUACCUAGUCAAGUACAGACUUUUUAUGAACAUAUUCGCAGCUCUUCACAUGCUGAUUGUUUAGCACAAAUGGAACGAGAUAAUCAACAUUUCAUAAACUAUCCAGAACAGUUGAGCGAACUGAUGCUUUCCAAGGAAUUUAUUCAAGAAAUUUCAGAUGAUACAGUUCAGUGUUUCGCUUGCGACAUAUCACGUAUGAAAAACGACGAUGCUGUAAUUCUUCAACACGUUCAAGAAGCUUCUCACAAAGAUCAAAAAGUGGUGUGGAAUGGAGCAAGCGACAAAUUUCUGCAAGAUAUUUUGAUACAAACAGAAAGCACUUGGUACAACAUUCAGUUUUAUUGUUGUCAGUUUUGUGACGUACAGUUGAAAACGGAAUUUUUCUUCGCAGAGCACGUAGAUAGUAAGAAACACCGGAAAGCCUUGAAAAAAAUUGGCUCAGUUAAGAAGAGACCGGUUUAUGAUACUUGCAUACCGUGCGCAACGUUAUGGCUGGGCUUUCCUGAAUUUUACGUGCAGCAUUGUAAACAUCCAUUACACAAAGCCUUGGUGCGAAGUGGAGACUACUCAAGAUGUGUAUUGCCAAACCAAGCAAAAGCUCUGUUAAAAAAUGCUGAGGUAGAAGUUUCAAGAUUUAUUGAAUCAUCCAAUCAAGUACUGACUGUCCAAAAAGUAAAAGUUAACUCCCUGUUAAAAUGCUUGGAAAAUACCAUAAAACGGCGCUUUUCUGAUGCCAAAGCAUAUCCAUACGGAUCACGGGUUUCUGGCUUGGGAUUUCCAGAUAGCGACAUUGACGUUUUCCUAGAUUGCGGUACAUACAAUGGAAGCAGAAACUCUGACGAUGAGGCAUAUCAAAAGCAUUUAAUAAGUUCUGUAGAGCAAUGCUUAUAUGACCAUACAGAAUUAUGGGAAAUACAUGAAACUCUGGUGUCGUCAAGGAUACCGAUUAUCAAGCUUCAUCACAGGCCCACAGGACUAAGCUGUGAUGUUUCAUUUAAAAAUGGACUAAGCGUUGAAAAUACCAAGCUAAUGAAAUGCUUUAUUAAGAAUUACCCGCAAUGCAGACAGUUAAUGCUAUUUUUGAAGAAAUGGCUACAUGUAUGCAACUUAUCAGGGUCACGCUGCAUAAUAAACUAUGCCAUUUGUUGGUACGUUAUUUUCUAUCUUCAAGUUGAAGAAAUUCUACCAAGCGUCGCCAGCUUGAUUGCGAAGGAGAAUAGAUCCAAAGUAAUUGAUAAUUGGGAGACUGGAAUUUGUGAAACGUUUGAAGUUGAUGGAAAGAGACUCACAUUCACGGAAUUGUUGCAUGGUUUUUUUAUUUUUUAUAGUAAUUUUGAUUUUCGUAAUUCUGUAGCCUGUCCGCUUCUAGGCAAGACUAUGUUGAAAAAAGAUUUUCUCAAACUUCAUUUACUACCAAAAGAAAUGACACCUUAUAUCGAGCAUGUCACUGCAAAUAACAAUGAUGACUCUGUGAUGUUCAGAGUCAAUUCAGAGAUGUGCAUUCAAGAUCCUUACGAUUUAUCACAUAAUUUGACAAAGGCAGUAACCAAGUUCACUUUGAAUCGUUUUAAGAGGUUGUGCGCAGCAAGUGCAGAUACUGUGGAAUGUGUUUGGCAACACUGAGAUGCAAUGAAUCUAUUCUGUCACGUUUUUAAUUUUAUUUCUGUUCAUUUCGAUCAGCACAGAAUUGUUUCAUACUGAUUUCACAUUUUGUUACAAUAGAUAUUCGAAUUUUGCCAGGUGAACAAGUUUCUGGCACUAGGACCAAUAUUGUGUAUUGAAAAUUUUGAUGCCUUUAUCUCUUCUUUAUUUCUGUUUUAAAUAUUUAUUCUACACUGUAAUUUACAGUGAAUUUGUAGCAAUCUUAUGAUAUCAACCAUUUACAAUGGUUAUUCUAAAACAAGAUUACCAGAGCUUCCCUAAUGUCAAAUGCUAAAAGUUUUUCCUAACAAAAAGCACACUUUCGUUUUCAGCUCCAUGUAUAAAAUACAGAACUAAUUUUUACAGCUCAUGUAAUAGAUAUGUGAAAACGAUAAUUAUUCGAAUAAUUCACAUACUGCGUUGUAGUUCCAUGUGUUUAGUAUAGAACAUUUAAGCUUAUGAUUAAGGGGAGUAAAAUCGUUAAACUUUAGACGUGUAUGUAAAUUCUAUUGGCUACGACAUCAAAAUAAAUUUCAUAAGCAACUUAAAUGUCAGUGAGAUAAGGGUAUGUUGGCUUCAGUUCAAUAUGGCAAACAUCCGUGCAUAUUUUUAUACCAGUUAUGUAAUAUAAAGGUAAUAAACAUAUCUGUUUUAUCAAUGUAUAAUUUCUUGUU